CCCCCGUCCUGCGCGUAAAAAACGCUACCGGGCACUGCUGACAGGCUCAAAGACUAACAGUGGAGACCUCACGCUUGAGCCGCAGCAUUCCACUAAACGGGCCGCGCCGAUGUGCAUGGCCCCAGCCCCUUUUGUCAUGAUGAAUCCUGCGCAGGGGUCACCGUCUCAAGACGCCAAACUCCAGCUUCACCAAAAGGAGGACACAGAAAGCACGGAGAGCGACGAGCUCCAGCCUAAAGACAUGACCACAGAUAAAGGAUACAGAGUGCAGCGGACCAGCCUUCCCUUCAGCGUCGAGUCGCUGAUUUCCAAGAAGGGCACCUGUCGGACUUCUUAUCCAGUCUCUGAUUCGGCGGGGCUGCCGACGCCCGGGGCCGGUCAGGGCGCGCACAUCUCUCCGGGGACUUUUUACGCGGAAAGAAGGCUUUCCGGGGAGAGCUCGCAGGGAGUCCCCAAGAGCUCUGGGGAAGACUGUGCGCAGUUUUGCGAGAAAGAGCAAGGCACUUGGUUCCAGACGUCCUCCUUUUCUACACCUCCUCGGAGCUCAAGUCCGACUCAGUGCACUCUAAGGAAGCACAAAAACAACAGGAAACCUCGCACCCCUUUCACUACCUCCCAGCUGCUGGCGCUGGAGCGCAAGUUCCGCCAGAAGCAGUACCUCUCCAUCGCCGAGAGAGCCGAAUUCUCCAACUCUCUCAACCUUACGGAGACUCAGGUGAAAAUCUGGUUUCAGAACCGCAGAGCCAAAGCCAAGAGACUGCAGGAGGCUGAGCUCGAGAAGUUCAAGUUGGCCUCUAAGCCCGUCCUGCCUGCGUUCGCGCUGCCUUUCCCCCUCGGAGCGCACAUGAGCUCUCCCUCCUGGGGUCCCACCAACGCCUUUCCGAGGCCCAGCCUCCCGGUCCCGGGAUUGUUCAGUGGACCCGUCACCUAUGGGAUGUACUAUUUGUCUUAGGAUCUCCGGGAGACUGCGUGUGGGGACGGAGAAUAUUUUUUUUAUUAUCAAUUUUGAAACCUCAAAGUAAAGUUGGGACAUAUUUUAUAAACACGAUGCGCGCAUUUUUGGGACUAAAUUGUCUCCUUGAUUUCUGCCCACGUUAAUCUUAAAAUUGUCAGAGGAAAAAAAAUGAUAUCUUGUUUUUAAUGCCUUAAUUUCAGACGACUCGCUGUGGUCCUUAUCCAUGUAAAAGUGGACGCUUAGAUUGGUCCAGAGCUGCAGGGAUAAAAAGAAGAAAAUGAACCAGGAAAGUACUUAUUAUUCGGUGUCUGUGCCUUAUGACCACAUCUUUACCGUCACUUGAAGUAUUGCCUUCUCGUUAUCCAACAAUAACUGUGUGAACUGCUGUAUUGAUUAUUUUCCCAAGCAGUUUCUAUGUAUUUUCUGAAGAACCACUAAAAGGGACCAAAUUCUAUUUUAGAAAAAUGUAUUAGCGUUUCUAACUCUCACAAUGUGGCCUUAAUGGGUACUAUAGUCCCCCCCCCCUUUUUUUUGUUGUUGUUGUUGUUGUUGUUGCUGUAAUUGUAAAUAAAAUGUGUAGCGUUCCAGAAUAAGCAUUGCAGCCUUGACUGAAGGGCAGGGAAAGUGGUAUUUAUUGAUUGUCUUUCUAUCUGUACUGUGUACAUAUCUGUGUAAAAAAAAAACUGACUUUAAUAAAUAAACAUUUAAAGACUUGAAA